UUUUUCUUUUGUUAUGUCUCGUUCGUAGUGGUUUUCUGUUGUGUUCAAUAGUUCGCUCCAACUAGUUUGUACUUAUUUAUCAAUAGGAAUAAAAAAAAAUAUAUUUUCGAAAAAGAAAUUAAACAAAAAAAAAAUUGUAUAAAAAUCGUGUUUUGUGUUAUUAAUUUGUUUUUAAGGGCAUGUGUGUUAAGAUUUUUUUAAUUUAAAAAUUGAUUUUAUUUUGAAGUAAACAAUGGUCUCUUUGGAAUUAAGUAUUUUAACCUUAAAUGUUUGGGGCAUACCUUUUGUCUCUGCGGAUAGAGCGGAGCGUAUGCAACAUAUUGGCAAGGAGUUGGGUAGUGGGAAAUAUGAUAUUGUUUCGCUGCAAGAGGUGUGGACAGAAAAAGAUAGUGCCACCUUGCAGGAGCUAACAAAAGCUGUAUUGCCUUAUGCUCAUUAUUUCUAUAGUGGUGUGAUUGGUGCUGGCUUAUUGGUUUUAUCAAAAUAUCCCAUUGUUACUAGUCUAUUUCAUUCCUGGACCGUGAAUGGUUAUUGUCAUCGUAUACAACACGCCGACUGGUUUGGUGGCAAGGGUGUGGGCAUGUGUAGAAUACGAGUUGGUGAUCUCUAUGUACACGUUUACAAUGCUCAUUUACAUGCUGAAUAUAAUAUUAAAAAUGAUGAUUACUUGACACAUCGUGUUAUCCAAGCAUUUGAUACUGCUCAAUUUAUAGAGGCUACACGUUGGGAUGCGGCCGUACAAGUCUUGGCAGGGGAUUUAAAUACAAAACCAACGGAUAUUUGUUACAAAGUCCUACUCUAUACCUCCCAGAUGAAAGACUCCUGCAACUCUGAUACGAUCUCGACUAAUGAAAGUAAACAGAAUUCAUAUACCUCGAAAAAAGUUCUAGCUCGCAAUCCUAAAGGUUUUCGUAUCGAUCAUAUAUUCUUACGUUCUGCAGACAAAAUCAAAACAUCUAUAUUAGAAUAUAAAUUACCGCUGCCGGAUCGUGUGCCAGGAAAAAAAUUCAGUUAUUCUGAUCACGAAGGUGUACAGGUGCGUUUAAGAUUGCAACCGAAACAAGAUGGUGAUACAUGUUCCAUACAACAUAUAAAUGCCUGUCUAGAAGACGAGGAUGCAGAAAACACUAUGCGGGAUGUUAAAUUAACACCACCACAAACCCCGGUACUAACUAAUGGACAUUCCUCGGCAAUGCAUUCAGAAGGUGAAUGUCCCAGCGAUGAGCCACGAUUGCCGAAAAGUUUAGCCAUUAUCAAGGAAUCGAUUGAGUUGUGUGAGGCUCAUUUAAAGAAAUUAAAUACUGAUCGUAUUAUUUACUUUACAAUUGCUGCCAUACUCUUGGCUAGCCUCGUAGUAAUGGCUGAAUUUCCAGUGCCCGUUGGCUAUAAGACUUUAUAUUUAUUGCUCAAACUCUUAGUAUUUGCCAUUAUACUCUUCUGUAUAUUUAUGGGUUCCAUUUGGAAUCUAAUGGAACGUAAUGGUACCUUAUCGGGUAAAACUUCUAUGGAGAUUAAAUUACAAACUUCACAAUAUGUGAAUUUAAAACGAGAUUGACCACAAUUGUUAAAUUAUAUAAAGGCUACAAAUGUGAGCAGUGUAACAUCAUCAUUGCCGGCGUCAGUUAGUCGUACUAGUAGUACUGCUUCGAUAAAACCAACAACACCUUCCAUAAUGAUACCACCAACAUCAUUAAGUAAAGCUCAAUAAGCAUUUAAUAUUUAAUUAAUGAUAAUCAUUUAAAAAUAUUAUUAAAUAAUUCCCCAAAUGAAAUUAUUCUACAGCUUUUAAUAUCUUAAUUCCUUUAUAACCUUUUCCUGAUCCUUAUGUAUAUUAAAUUAAUAUCUUAUCUAGUUAAUUUCUCUUUUUUAAUUAAAAGUGCUUAAAUGUUUUAUUAUUAUUAUUAUUAUUCUUAAAACAAGAAUAAGUUUUUAUUAUUAUUAUUGCUUUCAUUUAAAUUAAAUUAAAUUUUCAAUAAAGUGCAAUUUUGUUUUCGUACCAUGUGCAUACAUUUUUUUGUUAAUUUGUUUUUUUUAUUAUUUUAAAUCUAAGUGUAAUCAAUAUGUAUUUUAUAACUAGAAGAUCUAUUAAUUUGCACUUAAAUUAUUACGCAAUUACUUUAAUUCAAUUUAUUUAAAUCUAUAAAUAAUUACUAUCAAUAUUGCAACAAUAUUAUAUACAUAUACAACGUAUAUUAUAUACAUAUACAUACAUAUUUAAAAUAUAUACAAUUAAAAGUAAUUUGAACUUUGUUCAAUAAUAAAAUAAAUAGUAAAUUUAACAUUG